AUGAACACUCGGGGUAGCUACGUAGCAUCUCUCCAAGCUUCUCCUAGAAAUGAAGCGAAUUCAAAGCACCCUGCAGAUGUAAAAUCCCUAAUUAGGGUUUAUAAACAAGCUCUCUUGGAAGGAGACGAAAUCACCGUUUCAGAAAUCGAAACGGUUUUGCGCCGAAUCGAGAAGGAAAAGAACAAGAUGGACCAAAAGGUUUUAUCUUUAUCAAUGAAGAUAGCUUCAGAGAAAGAAGCGAAAAUCAGAUUACAGGCUGAUUUUGAUAAUACAAGGAAAAAACUUGACAAGGAUAAGCUUAGUACAGAGUCUAACGCAAAAGUGCAGAUCAUGAAGAGUCUCUUACCAAUCAUUGAUAGUUUUGAGAGUGCAAGGCAACAGAUCAAACUUGAUACGGAGAAGGAGAAGAAGAUCGAUAUGAGUUAUCAGGGAAUUUACAGGCAAUUCGUUGAGGUUUUGAGGCAUCUUCGUCUUGCAGCCAUUGCAACUGUAGGGAAGCCCUUUGAUCCUUUGUUGCACGAGGCUAUUUCGCGAGAAGAAUCUGAGACGGUUAAGGCAGGGUUAAUAACCGAGGAGCUUAACCGGGGAUUCAUUCUAGGAGAUCGAGUUCUGAGACCAGCAAAGGUUAAAGUCUCUUUAGGACCCAUCAAUAAGAAGAAUCCUUCACCUGUUGAGGAGACUACACCUUCUGCAGGAGGAGCCGAUGUUCGGUAA